CCAUUUGUCUGCUAACAUCAUGUUAUCAACUACUUCCUGUGUUCUCUAGUGCUGUGGCAGUGAUAAGAUGGAGAGGUCCUGUUUAUUAAAAACUUUUAAUAUUUUAUGUUUUCUGUUAGCAUUGGACUCAGUUAGGUGCAAAAAUGAAGAGUUCCUGUCAAAAAUAAAAUGUUCCACUGAACAGAGAACACAGCAAGAAGCAGUCAAAGGUUUAAUUAAUAGAGUUAUUGGGAAUCGAAGUGAAGAGUUUAACGUAAUAGUUAAUACACAGCUAUCAAAAGAGGGUAAAGAUGUUUUUAAGAUUUUCAAAUCGGCAAGCAGUAAGACAGUGGACAUUGAGGGUUCUACAGGAGUAGCAGCAGCUUGGGGUUUCCAUCACUACCUCAAAUACUUCUGCAACUCUCAUGUGUCUUGGAAUGACAAUCAAAUUAACCUUCCGACAGAACUGCCUUCUGUAGAUGUUCAUAUCACCUCCAAUGACAGGUUCCGCUACUACCAGAACGUCUGCACACCAAGUUACAGUUUUGUUUGGUGGGACUGGCGCCACUGGGAGCGCCACAUAGACUGGAUGGCGCUCAACGGUAUAAACCUGGCGUUGGCAUUCAAUGGUCAAGAGGCAAUCUGGCAAAGGGUUUACAAACGACUUGACUUGACCAAGGAAGAGAUUGAUGAGCACUUUACUGGACCUGCGUUCUUUUCUUGGGGACGAAUGGGGAAUAUCCGAGGGUGGGCAGGACCUCUCAGUCAGGAUUGGCAUGACAGCUCACUCACUCUACAGAAGAUGAUCCUGGAGAGGAUGAGGUCCUUGGGCAUAGUCCCUGUGCUGCCAGCAUUUGCAGGACAUGUUCCACACGCUUUGAAAAGGCUGUACCCAAAUGUAAAUUUCACUUUGGCUACACGAUGGAACAAUUUUGAAGACAAGUAUUGUUGUCCUUACCUGUUAUCUCCUGAAGACCCCUUAUUCAAGGAUAUUGGAUCCAUGUUUUUACAAGAGAUGAUCAAAGAGUUUGGAACCAACCACAUCUACAACUGUGACACAUUCAAUGAGAUGCCACCAGCCCAGGGGGAUCUAGACUUUCUCAGGAAAGUCGGAGAGUCUGUUUUUGAUUCUAUGACUCAAGUGGACAAAGACGCUGUUUGGAUGAUGCAAGGGUGGCUGUUUUUUCAUGAAAUAUUAUUUUGGACCAAAGAGAGAACUAAAGCUUUACUAACGUCAGUCCCAAAAGGUAGAAUGCUGGUUUUGGACUUGAUGUCCGAGUUGAAUCCACAGUUUGAAAGGCUUGAGUCAUACUUUGGACAGCCUUAUAUUUGGUGCAUGCUUCACAACUUUGGAGGGACUUUGGGCAUGCAUGGUACAGCCAGAAGAGUGAAUGAGAAUGUGUUCAAAGCUAGAGCUGCAGCUAACAGUUCAAUGGUUGGUAUUGGCCUGACUAUGGAGGGGAUACAACAGAACUAUGUCAUGUACGACCUUAUGAUGGAGAUGGGAUGGAGAGUAGAACCAACCGACCUCUCUCAGUGGUUCAGAAACUAUUCCUCUCGCCGCUAUGGUCUGGACAAUAAACAUCUGGAUACUAUGUGGCAACUACUCAAGGAUAGCGUGUACGACUACAAGUCAGUAUGGCAGAAUCACGGACGAUACAUUGUUGUAAGAAACCCUUCCCUGCGACUUCAACCAAACGUGUGGUACAACACUACUGAUGUGAUGGAGGCAUGGGACGAAGCUCUGAUGGCUGUACAGUCCGCUCAAUCACUGGCGGAGUCGCCAACAUUCAAACACGACCUAACAGACCUAACCAGACAAGCUCUACAACUAAAGGUCGACUUCAUGUACAGUCAAGUUCUCAAGGCAUAUUACAAGAAGGAUCUUGCAUACCUCAGAAAUGCAACUGGAACGUUUCUUGCUGUUAUGGACGACCUGAACUCUCUGUUGGCCUCAAACAAGUGGUUUCUAUUGGGCCCUUGGCUUGAGUCAGCUAAAGAAAGAGCAUCAAGUCCUCAGGAAAGGGAGCAAUUUGAAGAAAUGGCUCGGAACCAAAUUACUUUGUGGGGUCCAAAUGGAGAAAUUAGAGACUAUGCAUGCAAGCAGUGGGCUCAUCUUAUGGAAAAUUAUUACAUUCCUCGGUGGAAGUAUUUCUUCGAAGCCCUAGAAAAGGCAGUUGCGGAAAAAAGUCCCUUCAACCAGAAGUCAGUCAGUACUUACAUUUUUAAUGAAAUCGAGCAACCAUUUACUUUCAGAAAAGACCUCUAUCCAACAUUUGAAAUAGGAGACACUGUUGAAAUAUCUAAGAAGCUGCACAAAACUUGGCGUCGUCUCUAACACCAUUACAAGGAACCAAAUUGUAGCUGUGUAUAAAAUAAAAUGAAUAUAAAAGUAAAAAAAUAUAAUUUUGA